CUGGAAUCACCAGUUUUAAAUCAGCCUUCAGAUAGUUCGAGAGAUGAACUUCAAAACACAAAAUCGAACUGGGCAGACCUAUCUCAUGACAUUGACGUAAACUACCUACCUAACGCUCCUCGGAUCACCAAUAAAGAGAGAGGCGACAUAGAUAAUUUGUUUCGUGAUAAAAAUAUCUCUUUAAACAAAACUGAGCUAAACAACCAUCGAACUUCAGAAUCAUACGGCCCAGUUUCCCUUGAAGCUGAAAAUGCAUUCUACGGUGGUAAUGCAAGAGAAGAUAAUGAUUCUAACAGUAAAUAUAAACGUGAAAUAAUAAAUAGUGUUGUGAAAGAAACCAAGGGACAAGAUUUGGAGCAGUUUGAAGAAACCAACUUGGGAAGCGAUAAAGUGUUGGGUCCGUUCGAUGAUAAAAUCGAUGAAGGGGGAACGAGGAAUGAUGAUGAUCCAACUGUGCAAAGAAGUGAACGACAAGCUGGCCAGAAGCUGCAGGAGUUUAUCACGGUCAAGGCAGAUCCUGUACCAAUUGUAAUUGAAGGGUUAAGAAUAGAGGAUUUGGAGAAGGAACCGAAGAUAAUCGAGGAUGGAAUACCAAGUGUUCUGGCUGAUACAAAAGUAACUUUACGGAUUUUCGGCCAAGGUCUGACGCCGAGGACUGUGAUAGCCUUUACACACGACCAUAUUGAGUACGGACAACCUUGCAAGUUUUUGCUCAAAGGAGAGUACAUGGUGAAAGAAGGUUCAUUGAAAUCAAAUACAGCACUGUUUGAAAUCAUAGCUCCGUCACCGAUAACGGGUUCCAAAAUGUACAUAUGCGCAAAGAACUUGAAAUUCGGCGUCACAGACCCAGACAAAGACGAAGAAAAGUAUAUACACCAGGGAAUUGAAAGUUGGAGGGUUUUCGCGACACACAACAAACUCCUCCCCCUCUGGGUCUCCUUUAUUCUGAUCCUGGUAUGUCUAAUGUUCUCCGCUCUCUUAUCCGGUCUAAAUUUAGGUCUAAUGUCGUUAGACAGGACCGAGCUAAAGAUAAUUUCGAACACGGGAACAGAGCAGGAGAGGAAGUACGCGCGUGCUAUAAUGCCGGUGCGCGAUCACGGGAACCACCUCUUGUGCAGUAUUUUACUUGGCAACGUGGCUGUGAAUUCGACAUUUACGAUAUUAUUGGACGAUUUGACAUCCGGAUUGUUCGCCGUUAUAUUCUCGACGCUCGCUAUCGUACUGCUGGGCGAGAUCACGCCGCAGGCGAUUUGCUCUCGACACGGACUGAUGGUAGGGGCGAGGAGUAUCAUGAUUACUAAGGCGGUAAUGGCCUUAACCGCUCCACUGGCCUUCCCGGUCAGCAAGCUCCUGGACUACUUCCUGGGCGAGGAAAUCGGCAGCGUGUACAACCGGGAGAGGCUCAAGGAACUUGUUAAGGUGACGACAGACAUAAACGACCUGGACAAGGACGAGGUGAACAUAAUCUCCGGUGCGCUAGAGCUCCGCAAGAAGACCGUGUCGGACGUGAUGACGAAGCUGGAGGAUGCGUUCAUGCUGCCCAUCACCAGUGUUCUCGACUUCGAGACCAUGUCGGAGAUCAUCAAAUCAGGUUACUCCCGCAUACCGGUAUACGAGGGCAGCCGCGGCAACAUCGUGACAGUGCUCUUCAUCAAGGACCUGGCCUUCGUGGACCCUGACGACAACACGCCGCUGAAGACGCUGUGCCAGUACUACCAGAACCCGUGCAACUUCGUCUUCGAUGACGUCACGCUGGACGUCAUGUUCAAACAGUUCAAGGAAGGACACAAAGGUCACAUGGCGUUUGUACAUCGCAUCAAUAACGAAGGGGAAGGCGAUCCGUUCUAUGAAACGAUAGGCCUGGUCACCCUGGAGGAUGUCAUAGAAGAGAUGAUCCAGGCGGAAAUCGUCGAUGAAACUGAUGUAUUCAUGGACAACCGUACGAAAAGGCGCAGGAACCGUCCGCAAAAUAAGUUGCAGGACUUCGCCGCUUUCGCUGAACGCCACGAGAACCAACGCAUACACAUAUCACCACAGCUCACGCUAGCCACCUUCCAAUUUUUAAGUACCAGCGUGGACGCGUUCCGGCCGGACGCCGUUUCGGAGACGGUGCUCCGGCGGCUUCUGAAGCAGGACGUGAUCCAGCACAUCAAGGUCAAGAACAAGAGCAAACGGGACCCCGUCACUUACGUCUAUCAGCAGGGCAACCCAGUGGACUACUUCGUGCUGAUACUCGAAGGUCGCGUAGAAGUGACGGUGGGUCGCGAGAACCUCGUCUUCGAAGCUGGACCCUUCACGUACUUUGGGGUGCAGGCGUUGACCCAGAACAUUGGCAUGGCCGAGUCCCCGACGCCAUCAACGAUGGGCUCCCUCCAGAACAUCAAUAUGGACUCCAUACUGCGUCACACUUUCGUACCAGAUUACUCGGUGCGGGCGAUCACGGAGCUCUAUUAUCUCACCGUUAAACGCUCGUUGUACUUGGCGGCGAAACGAGCCACUCUAAUGGAGAAAGGAGCCCUAUCAAAGGGAGCAACGAACGAACAGUUUGACACGGAAGUCGAUAAGCUGCUGCAGUCCGUGGACGAAGACAUCAGUAUAAGCGGUGAACACAAAACUCCGUCGCGACAGGUAUCACCUAACCCCAUACUGGUAUCGGCGUCACCGCACACUCGGGCCUCAUUUGCUUCCCCCGAGCUGAGGAAUGGGGAUGUGUUCGCGAGGCAAGACGAACAAGAGAAACUUCUCAAAUGA